AUGCCUCUCCCACUCCCAGCCAGAAAGAACCUCAAGGAACACGAACAAUUCCUCGCUGAUGCUCACACCAAGAUCAAGAAUGUUUUAGGUCUUGAAUGGACUAUUGAGUUUGACUUUGAAGCUAUUCUCGCUGCUGUAUCUGAUCCAAAAUGGGUUGGUGGUGACUUGGGUGAUUUGUUUUACAAAAGAGUAGCAGUAUUCAUUGGUGAAAACAUUGAAAGAUUGUCAAACAAGGAUUCAAGCAUCAAGGAAAGUUUGAUUGCCAAUAAUACAAACAAAAAGGUUGUUGUAUCUAUUGUUGCCAAGGUUCCAAAUUCUUCAUAUUGGCAAUAUGUAUUUGAGAAUGGAUCGUUAUCAGUUUAUGGAUGUCCAUCUCUUGCCAAUAUGGAUACUGUCAAGUACCUUGACUUUGAAAUCCCAUCUGGUAGCAUCUAUUCGAUGAAGGCAUUACUCAACAUCAAGAGUGUCAAGCCCAAGUAUGAUGAAGCUUUUGCUACUCUCAAAAAGGUUACCUCUGCCGACUGGACCCUAGACCAAGCCUCUGUCGAUGAAUUCUAUGGUGUUGCCAAGGAAAAGUAUGAUACCAUCAUUGGUGACCUCGUCGCUGAAGUAUUAUUGGCUGUUGCAUUCAAUGUUGAGACCCGUGGCAAGGAGGAAAUGGUAUUGGAAGCAUUCAAUGAAGCCACUUCCAAUCACACCAUCGUAUUCCGUUAUGUCAAGGAAUCACCAUCUUACUGGAUCUGGUCAUUUGACAAUGGAUCACUUGUCCUCACUUACAGAGCUAUUACCAAUCUCUCUGAUAACAAGUACCAUGAUUUCGAAAAGUUAUUAUGGACAACUGACCGUAAAGCAUGUGAAAAUAGAGGUGGUCAUUGGAAAGUUCAAGAAUUUGAAAUUGCAAUGAACAUGUUUUAA